ACUAUACCAGCUCAAAUCUUUUUUGCUUGAGUCAACUGACGCAAGUCUCGCUAUUCAAAUAACCACCAUACAAUUCAUGAUCUCCAACGACGGAUUCGUGCCGAUCACUGCCAUUUUUUACUCGGUUUUCCAUCCCGUGAAGGGCACUCAGAUCGUGCAUCAAGUACCCGAAGGCUCGAUCGGUAGUUAUGACCUACAAUCAGGGACUGACGUACUAUUCAACUUCGACACGGUUAAAAACUACAUCAUUCCAAAGCCACAGUUGUGUAACAAACUCGUGUCACUCAAAAUCAACGAGUUUCGCGUGUUAGGGUAUCCCGUAAAUAUCGAGGGUAGCCAUUAUUCACGGAACUCGUUCAACUUCAAUUUUGGAUUCGUUUUGCCAUAUAAUUCCGAUACUACUCCUUACGAGCUGGCUGUGAGUCGCAUGGGCAAGAUGUUCCGAGCCUUAGAGGAGCAGUCUUUGCUUCUAAGUAAGUUGGAUAAAGAGCAUGCAUUCUUCAGUGGGCAGGCAGGUACUGAGUUUUCUGAGAGCAGUUUCCAAUAUACCCCUGGACACUCCAAGAUCCAAAAGUUCUCCUUACUGUCGAUUGAAUCGCUCAUUCAUCAGUUGUACCAGGACUUAAACAACUACUCCGAGUGUUGCAUUCCCAUUGAUUCUGCCAAUAGUGUGGACAUCAAGCUUUUUCCCAUGCUUCCGCCACCUGUCAAUUUGAAAGCCUACCAAGUGCCCGUGCUGACAGUAAAGUUGGAUCAACUUAUUGAUGUCGUGUGGGAUCCAACCAUGGUAAAGAUUCUUCCAUACGUGAAUGGCCUCAACUCCGUGAAGAAAAUAAGCGAGUUGGCUGAUGCAGACUACCUCUUGACGAAGCAGUGUAUUCAACACCUCAUGCACUAUCAGUGCAUUAUUCUAGUGGAUGUCUUCCAAUUCAGCAACAUUUACGCCCCCACAAACCAUAUUGGCAAUUUCCUAAAGACCAACGGUAUGGCUGAAGAAUGUCAAGCAUAUAUCAUUACGACCCCCCAUCGAAAUGAGUCUGCCCCCUUCAGUUCACGGCCCACACCCGAUACACCACGGUCUGCAGUCACUCCGGUAACUCCAAGUCUCACCAAUACUCCAAAUGUACAUACCUCAGCUCGUGGAAUUCCAAGCCAUUCACGGUCUCAACCUUCGAAUGAAGGAGAGCAAACGCUGGCUGAAUCCGCAAGCCCUCUUACGAGAGGUAUGACGCCGGCUUUUCCAAUGACAUUUUCAGGCAAGGAAAGCGAAAUCAAAAUUCCUUCGAAAGCUACUUUGUUUUACCUAUAUCGGCUGCUCAAUCAGGGCCAAUCUAUAAAGGAAUGGUAUAUCCAACACCAAAAGGCCCUAUCUAAUAUUGACAUCCGCAGAUUCAUAAAUUUCGGUGUUGUCCGUGGAAUCAUAUACAGGGUCAACCUGUACCCGAUUUUGCAUUGGGUCACAAAGUCACUAGAAACUGGUAACGGAAGAAUUGAGGGUAUAGAAGACCUAUUGAAAAGUUUGCAGAACAAAGCCAAAAUCAAUUCGGCCCUCAAGAAGUCAGCGGGUCCUGUAUCAGAAGCUGGUCUUUUGAAAAGCGUUGUAAGGGAGAGCAACUUGAAAACAGGAAGGAAAACCCGAACAGUGAGCUUUAAUUACCAUGUCGAUCAUCCUGUCAGCGAUCCGUCCAAUCGAGAUAGACACAAAUCAUUCAAGGCGCAUCGCAAUUCUUCGAUCAAUUCACAUGAAACACCGCAUACCGAACAUGAUGAAACAACAGCUCAUCUGGACCUGGAUGUCUUUGAUAGCGAUUCUGAUGAACUGCUCAACGGAAUUUCGAAUAAAGCACGAGGCAACCGAGCAUCUUCUGACCUGGAAAGCGUCUCUUCUGGCGAACCCGAACAGCUGUCAGAAAACGAUGAAAUUAUAAAAGUCAUCAAACUUGUUAGAGGUUCCCAGCAUUUUGACUCCAUUUGCACUGAAUUGCAAAAGUCUCGUGCCGAUGUGGAAAAACUAUUUGACAAGAUAGGAGCUCAUUCUGUUAUAAAUGCGUAAGGGUAUUUGCCAGAAGCUUUAUUGGCCCUUUUUAUAAAUGUGUUUGUAUAUGCUCAUCAAAGAUCGAUAGUGCGUGAUUUUUUAAACUUUUUGCAUGGUUGUUCCAUAUGAUCUCCCAAUGUCCCAUUUUAUGACCGAGUAGCCAAAUUAGGAUCCGAAGCUUGGGGAACUUGACUCAUCUAUUUUACUCGAGUCGUAUUUUGUUUGUCCAAUUUAACAAAAGGGAAAUCAAAAGCUGUAUGCAUCAUUUCAAAAUCCAGACAUGGAAAGAAUUUUUGUUCUGUGAAGUUUAUAAUUUCAAUGCCCUGAAACUUGCUUGUCUGAAUACUUUGAUAUCAAGAGGUGACUAACAAUAAUUUAAAAAUAUUGAGUUUUGUGGGGUCAUGCGUAUUCUAGAAACAUCGAAAUCUCCAUGUCAAAAUUCAGUUUCUCCUCUUCAGAUUCUCAGAGCAAAGUCAAGUACUAUUUUAAGCACCCAUUGUCAAUCUAAAUACAG